AUGGACUCGAAUCAGACAUCCACCAAGCUCCUGACAGCAGCGGAGAUGGAAAGAUUCCAGUCACCGCUGUUUCUUGGGGCGACUGCCAUCAUGACAGGGGUCAUCACUUUUCUCAUGUACCUAUCCCAGAAGCCGUCUGUUCACUACAAGUCUCCCCGCUUUACAAAGAAUGUGCUCCCUAUACUGGGAUCCAUGGGUUUCAUCCUUCACCCUUGGGGAUUUUGGCAAGCGUGCUCCGAAGAAGCCAAGAAGGCGACUGGCAAUUUCAGCUUCUGGGUAGGCAAAAAGCACCUUGUCGGCAUCACGAGCUCGGCCUCGCGCAAGAUGUUCUAUGAGCACCCGACCCUGGACCUGGUAAGCGGAGGUGCACUCCUGCCCUUCGGAGUGCACUUCUGGCCUCCAGUUCACGAAAUCUUCAGGGCAGGCUAUGCCAGGGGAAUCAACAACACAUACUUCCUCCGCCGUCUUGUGGACUUCCAGUCCACGAAGCACCUGGCCAUGAACCUUCCUCGCCUUCGAGACGAUGCCCGCAAGGGUCUAGAAGAUCUCAUGGUGGACAAUCCUCGGGCUGUCAUGAGCCCACCCUCGAUCUGGCCGACCAUUCUCAGACAAAACAAUCGGGUGCUGGUAUCAGACCAGGUUGUAGACGACCCUAAGCUCGGCCCACGCGUUCUCAACGCUGGAGACAUCCUCGCCCACUGCUACAGUCCUUUCAAUGUGCACCUUCCAUGGCUGCCCUCUCCAUCGUGGAUGAAGCGCCAUUAUGCCAGGUGGACACUGGAGAGAACAAUUGCAGGCCUGAUCAACCAGCGCACAAAGCCUGGGGGCCCCCGAUACCAAGACGCCCUGCAGUCCAUGAUCGACAACGGCGACAGACACGACUGGAUCGUCGAGUACUGCACGAGCAUCAUCUUCAUCGGCAGCGCAAACGCUGGCGUCAUUGGGGCACAGAUGCUGAACAUCAUGGCUAUGUAUCCUGAGUGGCAGGAGCGGAUCUUCCAGGAGGUCAAGGCGACUGUCGAGGCGCACUCCAAGGACAAGACGUCGCCGUUGGUGGACAGACUCAGCGCUCUGCCCCUGGAAGUGUGGGAGUCGGGCUUCCAGUCUCUCUAUCUGUGCCUCCAGGAGUGCAUGCGCAUGUGGGGUUCGUUCAAUGCGUCACGCUUGAACAUAUCGACCGACCCCAUCCACAUUCCUGGCACCGAUGAAGUCGUUCCCGGCAACACGUACGUCGUCUACAACACUACCCAAUGCAACUACAACGAAGACUUGUAUCCCAGUCCAUUCAAGUUUGACCCGGAGCGGCAUAUGGAGGGGCGUGAGGAGUUCAAGAAAGAGCAAUACGGAUUUUUCACACAAGAUGUUGGAUGGGGCCAAGGUAAGCACCCAUGCGCAGGCAAGCGCUGGGCCAAAUUGCAGCAAGCAAUCCUAGUUGCCUAUGCUUUGGCAUUGUACAAGUGGAAAAGGUGCGACGAGAACGGAAAGCCUGAUAUCACCUCGCAGCAUUACAAGGAUCUUGACUCUAGGGAGCCAUUCAAUUUGCCCCCAUCAUAUUGCAAACUUGAACCCCGGGAGAACUUCUAG